AGGUGGCAGUAUUGAUCCAUUAUAUGUUUGGCUAGUUAAUGUAAAACACAGAAGGAGUGCAGCGGGUUCAGUGCAGGAUGCUCCCUUGUUAUGCCAAAUUUUAAUAGCUAGUCCACUCUCAAUCGUAAAGUAAUGGAUUCAGAAGAUGGGAAGACCUCCAAAUAUCAGCUACUAGAUUUGCCAUGGGAGGAUGUCUUAGUCACACACAUUUUCUGCUACCUCCCCCUGCGACACUUGGCUACUCUGCAGAGGGUCAGCAGGCAGUUCCGGUCCCUCAUUCAGGUGUAUCUCGCAAACUGCCGAACCUUUGACCUCAGCCAGGUUGGGCCUCACAUUUCCAAGGAAGCCUUCUGCUCCAUACUGAGUGACAACAAAGUACUCCAAAAUCUGUCCGUCCAGAACUGCUCGGCCUGGAUCACAGACAAGGAGCUCCUCCCUGUCAUCGGACAGAACCCGCACCUGCAGCGGGUGGACAUGCGCGGCUGCUCGAGCCUAAGUCGCCACUCUCUGGUGGCCGUGUCCCUCAGCUGCCUGCGCCUGCAGCACCUGAGCCUGGCCCACUGUGAGUGGGUGGACAGCCUGUCGCUGCGGAGCCUCGCCGACCACUGCGGUGGCGGCCUGCGCUCGGUGGACCUGACCGCCUGCCGGCAGCUGAAGGACGAGGCCAUCUGCUACCUGGCGCGCCGCUGCCCAGUGCUACGCUCCCUUUCGGUGGCCGUCAACGCCAAUGUGACCGACGAGGCCGUCGAUGAGGUGGCCAAGAGCUGCCGCGAGCUGGAGGAGCUGGACCUAACGGGCUGUCUGCGCGUGCGCAACGAGGCCAUCAGGACUGUGGCUGAGUACUGCCCCAAGCUGCGGUCGCUGAAGGUCAAUCACUGUCACAACGUCACCGAGUCCAGCCUGGGGCUGCUGCGAAAGAGGGAUGUGGAGAUCGACGUGGAGCCCCCCCUGCAGCGGGCUCUGGUGCUGCUACAGGACGUGGUGGGCUUCGCUCCCUUCAUCAACCUCCAGAUUUAGGCCUCAUGGUCGCCUGUUGUGUGGACUGUGACUGGUCUCACCCACACACCACCACUGUUAAUUGUGAAGACUCCCCAUCUGGCCCUGUCUGCUUAAAGUGAUGCAAUAACACAGGGACUCAUAUCAGUGGGAGUCUGAAGUGGAAAUCGGAGUCAGUUAACUCAUUAUUUAUUGUUUGAUGCAAAUCCAUACAUUGAACACGAUGUUAUGUGUGGACACCUAUUGCACUUCAAGUAACACUUGGUUUGAGCUGGCCUUCUGUCAUCCAUACAGACCCCCCUAUAAAUAAGCAUGGUGUGAUUUAUAUAGUGUAAGAUUAUGUAGUACUUCAUAGUAGGAACAUUUUUGAUACUCUGUCACUAUCAACACAGGGUAAUGCAUCCUCUGUGAUAGGAUUAGUUGAAUGAAGUGUUACUUCAUUUGCACUGGCAAAAGACUGCAAACCUUUGCACUUUUCAUCAUUUCUGUCACAAUUGUAUUUAUAAACAUUUAGCUAUGUGGAUACGAAUGGUUCUUAUACCUCAGUUUUCACUUUCAAAAGUUAAGGACUCUAUUGGUGUUAAGCUACAGUAAUGCAUCUUAAAAUGCCAAAUCCCAUUUAAUGAAUUUCAUGUUGUAUUUAACAGUAAGAGAAAAGAAAGGUGCCUGACAUGAACUGACAUCAGUUUAGCAAGUUCUGACAGACCGAAACGUCAGUUUAUUAGUAAAUUGGUUGCACUGUGGAGCAAGCAGUGUUGCACUUUACUUUUCUCUUACUCUUAAGUUGUUCUUGCGAAAUGGCACCUGCAAUCUACCAACAAGGUGUGGAGGAUCCUCUAUAGCUUAUGUUGUAUUUAACAAUCACUUGUAUUGGUGGAUUAUAUAGGUUAUAUAGGUAUAUAGGUUUCACUGUUCAACUUGUGUCUUGUUUUUUGCCUUGUGUCUUAAGUCCCCCUUUAUUUUUCAUUUUUCAAGCUGCAUUUAGUAGACCUGAACCUCUUUGUCACUUGGUGAAGAUAGACCUGGUUUAUAAUAGAACUAAUUGCAAGUUAACAGAAACAUGUACAUUAAAAUAAUUUAGGUAAAUAGACGCACAAUUCAACAAAAUUGUUUUGUUUUCUAGGAAAGUUAUGGCAGUGCAGUUUGAAUUCGAAUUCUGUUUAUGCGGCAGCUGAACUGGUUCCAUUCCUCUGUCAUUUUAUGUUUCACUUGCCAUUACCUCGUUUUAAUGUAGUUUACCCUUCUGAUUUUUUUUAAUCUCCUUUGUAUUGUAAAAAAAAUAUUUUGGAUUUACAAAGCACUAUGAUUUUAUGAUGAGUUUAUCUGAAAUUCACCAAAUGUGUACAGUGAUCUGUUAUUUUUUAAUUAUUUUUUUUGUGGCAUCAUUAUAUGCCCAGAGUUUACCUCAGACUUCUUAGAAAACGCUAUAUGGACACAGGCCCUUAAGAGACUGUUUUGUUGCAACUUGAACAUAUUAUUUGCAAAUAUAAGCUUUGCUUGCUUUUAGCAAUGUAUAGUAAAGGGAAGCGGGGAUCUCCACAUAAGGAUUUUGUUUGAAAAUGGAUGGAAUGUUUAGAAUACUCAUAUGUACAGGAAUUAUGGCUGCAUAAUGAGUUGUAUAAAAGAAUGUAAAGAUAAUUGUA